AGUCUGGGAACUCCCUUUGAUCGGUCACUGGAGAGUGUACGGUUCUGCUUAAGGUCAUCCACGUCAAGACCGUCCACAUUGAAUGAUAUAUAGAAAUUUGAAAGUGAUGCCAGAAAACAAUAUGUGCGAGAUCGGAUUAGGUAGGCUGGGGAAUGUGGCAUGAAGUCGUGGAGCUUCUUUCACUUUGCGGUCAGGUGAAUAUUGAGCCAUGUUUAUGGUGCUGGUACAGUGUCCAGAGAAAAGGCUGGUGGACAGAGAUUUUCUGCGUUGUGGUCUGUUUAUGGUGGUCUACACUACACAGGUCAUGGGCUCCAGCCUGGAUGAUCUGAUUACUAAACGUGCUGAAUAUCAGGAGAACUGUACCAGAGCCCUGACAGCUACCUUCCCUACUGGAACCGAAAUUUUCUGCAAUGGAACAUUUGACAAGUUUGCCUGUUGGCCACAUUCAUCUCCUGGGAUAAUAUCUGUACCCUGUCCUCCGUAUUUACCAUGGAUCAAAGAAGGCGCUACUGGAAAUGUGUUCAAGGAAUGUACGGUCAACGGGACCUGGAAAACAGAGGAGAAUUCCAGCCUUGUAUGGAGAAAUCAGUCGGAGUGUGAAAACCCUCAUUUUUUUAAGUCUGAGGAAGACAAAGUAUUUCGUCAGUCUGUGUUGAGAGUUAUAUCCAUCGUCGGAUACUCGCUGUCCUUUUCAUCCCUUUCAUUGGCUGUUCUGAUAAUGAGUCGUCUGAGGAAGCUACACUGUACAAGGAACUACAUCCACAUGAACCUCUUUGUAUCAUUCAUACUUAGAGCAACAGCAGUCAUUACUAAAGAGGUUAUAUUACAAGUAAUGUAUUCAAGCCUGCCUAAUGAUGAAAUUGGAUGGAACAGCUACACAAAUUCAGUGGUUUUUUUGAUCUGCAAGGCCUCAAAGGUAUCCAUGGAAUAUUUUGUGGGGUGUAACUACUUCUGGCUUUUGGUGGAGGCAUUGUUUCUGCACACGCUUCUGUUCACUGCAGUGCUGGCCAGGAAAAGACUUCUCAAGACAUACAUGAUUAUAGGAUGGGGCACCCCAUUAUUAUUUGUGAUACCCUGGACUGUUGUCAAAGCGUUGUAUGAAAAUAAAGACUGUUGGUCCAAUAACAUAAGGUGGAUCUGGUGGAUAAUCAGAGGUCCAAUAACAUUAGCAGUGAUUGUUGUUUUUUGCAUUUUUCUUAAAAUCAUCAAACUUUUGCUGUCAAAGUUAAAAGCUGACCAGUUAAAAUUCACCGACUACAGAUACAGUUUAGCCAAAGCAACACUUGUGUUGGUUCCUCUGCUCGGUGUCCAUGAGAUCGUCUUUACCAUAAUCAUUGAUGAAUCCGUUGACGGAAGCAACCGCUAUGCUCGAAACUUCAUCAAUCUAACCCUGAGCUCUUUCCAGGGUCUUAUAGUUGCAGUGCUGUACUGCUUUGCUAAUGGAGAGGUCCAGGCUGAGCUAAAAAAGAGGUGGCAGGUGUUUCUUUUUUCCAACCGCUUUGAGGUCCACAACUGCUUUGCAGACAUGCAUCCCAAAUAUUUGUGGAAGUGUUCACAGAAGAAUCCCAGACAGGCCGCAGAACAGAGUGAAUCCAAUACAGAAGGAAACCACAACAUCACCCAGGGACAACUAAUGCAAGUGUGUGUCCAAUCAACGGAAGAUGUGCCUUGUGGACGAAAUACAGGCCUGGAGUUUUACACCAGAAAGAGUCUCUCCAGCAGUGAUGGGGAAAUGACUUUCGGAGAAACAGUGGAGGAAGUCAUAGAGGAGAGUGAGUUUUAAAUAACUCAUGGUCAUUGGUUCAUUCUUGGGAUUCAUUUUUGUAUAAAAAUGUAAUUGAGAUGUAUAUUUCUAUAUAUUAAACACUGUAAAUUGCGUUUUGAUAAAAAAAAUUUGUAUGAAAGGACUAAAAUUAUUGAAAGGAUAUAUGAAAGGGCUAAAAAAAAUUAAAGAAGCUCCACAAUAUAGAAUUUAAUUUUUUCACAAUUGUUGUAAAUAAUGCAUCAACAAACAUGAGAUAAUUGAGACCUAUGGUAGUUUAAAUAAAAAAAUUACCUGGUGUAUUAUCUAGAUUAUAAAUUGAUUGUUGUGGCUUUAGCCUCAAUUUUUUAUAUUUACUUUAUAAAUAUGAACAUAAUAGCCAGUCCAUCUUUGGCUGAAACACAAAAUGCUGCUAUCACAACAUCACAUUUCAGAAUUUAUUAUAAUUUUUUAUAAUUUUUUCGAAACACAAACUGUGUUCACUUUGUAAAAAGCAUUAAAGAACAAUACUAAUAUGAUUUUUGAUGAUUUUUUUAAUGUGAAAUAUUACAAAAGGUUAUGUACAUAGCUAAUUUACGUGUUACACAUGAACAGUGUGGACACAGGGACUGAAUACAAUAUAUUUUCACAAAGGACUGCUUACAUUUUAAAGUAUUUCAUGUCAGUAAGUGUCUAGAUGAACAUUUAUGCAGAUAUUGAUACAUUUUAGGUUUGUGAAAUAUCUGUUAUUUUGGUGAGCAUGCCUGUACAGAACUGUAAAUCAAAAGUAUAACAUUGCACAUCCACUUUUACACAUAUAUUAUUUAUAAAAAAAAAUUCAAACUAAAACAAGAUGUAUAAAUUAAUUUGCUUGGACAGAAAUUAUUUAAAAAUCGUAUUGCUUCUUCUCUUUGAGCCUUUCUUGGACCUUUGAAGGUUCAUCAAACUGAAUCAGUCUGAGGAUGUUCUUAUUCUCCAUGACUCCUUGAAUGAACUCUCCCUCUGUUAUUUUACCUGACAAGAAAAAAAACAAUAACCUGUCAGUUUUGUUCUGGAAAAAUACUCUUCAAAGCUCAAUAAAAGAAAAACUGUCUAUAUUAAAAAAUUUC